GCAAACUUCUCUCGGAUUGAAGAGAUGUCAACGGGUGCAGCGUAUUGCCAACUAACGGAUUUCCUGUUCCGUGGAAAAAUUCCUUUGAGAAAAGUGAAGUGGAAUUCGAAAAGCGAACUCGACUGGAUCUCGAAUUGGCGUCUUCUGCAAACAUCAUGGAAAGAGCUUGGAGUGGAGAAGGCCGUACCAGUGGAACGCUUAAUAAAAGGGAAGUUCCAAGACAAUUUUGAAUUUCUGCAAUGGUUCAAAAAGUUCUUCGAUGCCAAUUGUACAGGAAAUCCUUACCAUCCAAUAUCAGCAAGGAACGGCGAACCGUUGCCUGCUACUGUAUCAACUGGCCCAACCAGACCAGUCCGAAUGCCUGUGAAAAAAGCAAAUCCAACCAAUGGAGUGCAUACUACCGGUACACGAGCGCCAGCUGCCACUACUUCACGAGCUGUUAAUAGAGCAACUAAUGGGACUUCAUCAUCACAUGCCGUAACCUCAGAUUUGAGUGCUGCUCUUAAUGCGUUACAGAUUGAACGGGAACACGGCCGAGAACUUCAAACUCAGCUGGAGGAAGCUUCAACAGCUAUAGAAUCAAUCGAAAAGGAACGUAACUUUUAUUUCUUGAAAUUGCAAAAGAUUGAAACGUAUUGUCAGAAUGCUGGCGAAAAUGCGGAAGUGCCAACGAAACCGAUCUUCGAUGUAUUGUACGAAGUUGAGGAAGGCUUUGCUGCUCCGGAAGACAUUGAAACGAACGGUGUCGACGAAGAAGCUGAAGAGAAUCCGAAUGUAACCGUUACAAAA